ACGAUAAUAAUUAGCAGAAUAAAGACAUAUCGGAUUUUCAUUUCCUUACCUCCUUUCCCUUACUCCUCCACAACUGAAACUGCUAGGCAGUCGUCGACACAUCUUUUACACAACCGGACCCAAAGGAUCGACUCUUACUGUAGUAUUUACGUUUUUUCCUAUAAAGUUGGAGGAUUAUUGUUGCAUUUUUUUUUUCUUUUUAUCCUGUUUGUUACCUACUUGCGCUACCAUUGGAUGUGAUUUUCUUCAGAAAAAGCAAAUAUCAAGAGAAGAAGCGGAGGGAACUGCGGGGAAAGAAAGUCCCUGACAGGCUGGAUGAAAUGAGAUCCCCAUGUAGCGAUUACCAUGGAAACUUGUGAUUCCCCUUCUCUCUCAAGGCAGGAAAAUGGGCAGCAGAUAUCAAAGCUACGUGAGACGACACAUCUUGAUAAUGAGGUGCCAGAGAAAGUCCCUGGGAUGGAGCCUGACAAGGAAAACAGCCCUGCAGAUGACAACCUGAGGACGGAGGAGAGCCGUCGAGAGAUCGCAUCGGCAUUGAGCGCGGAGAAUGCGAUAGGUGCAGCCACUAAAGAGAUCCCCUGCAACGAAUGUGCCACUUCCUUCUUGAGUUUACAAAAAUACAUGGAGCACCACUGCCCGAAUGCUCGCCUUCCUCUUCUGAAGGACGAGAAUGAGAGCGAGGUCAGCGACCUUGAGGACAGCGAUGUAGAGAACCUGACAGGAGAGAUAGUUUACCAGCCAGAUGGCUCAGCUUUUAUUCUUGAGGACUCCAAAGAAGGUGGCCAGAAUGCCCAGUCAGGGGUUAAAAGCCUCUUCUCCCCAGCACUAUUUUCAAACUCCCAAACUGCUGCUGGGGACAAGACUGAGCAGUCGGCCACAGCCCCCAUGUCCUUUUGUCCACAAGUGAUCAAUACCUUUCACAUCGCUUCAUCCCUCGGGAAACCAUUUAUGGCCGAUCAGGCUUUCCCAGAUACCUCAGCAUUAGCAGGAGAUGGUCCUGUGUUGCACACUUUCCGUGUCUACGAUCUCCGACACAAGAGUGAUAAAGACUAUCUUACCAUUGAUGGCGCAGCCAAAAACUCCUGUGUGUCCAAAGAUGUUCCAAACAAUGUGGACUUGUCUAAAUUUGAUGGUUUCAUUAGUGAUGGGAAAAGGAAACCUAUUCUGAUGUGUUUCUUGUGCAAGUUGUCUUUUGGUUAUAGUAGGUCAUUUGUAACCCAUGCUGUGCAUGAUCAUCGGAUGACCCUCAGUGAGCAGGAGCAAAAGCUCCUUAGUAAUAAAUAUGUCUCUGCCAUUAUACAGGGCAUUGGUAAAGACAAAGAACCUCUUAUAAGCUUUCUGGAACCAAAAAAAAACAAUUCUGUGUUACCACACUUUUCUACUGCAAACUUCAUGGGCCCUGAUCCAGGCAUUCACAACCUGUGGAACACCUUUCACAUGGAAAACGGUGAUUCCCUGCAGGCUGGUUUCACCUUCCUGAAAGGAAGUGCCAGUUUGGCAUCUUCUGCAGACCAGUUGCCCAGGAGUGCCCAGAUGCCAAAGGCUGAACUGAACCUCGGGGUUGUGGCCACCUCUGCGCUCAAGUCCCCCGUCGGCUCCAUGUCUCUCCAGCGCUCGUCACCAGGGGCUGGGUGCAGGGAUCAGGAAAGCAACUGUGAACGGCAGAAGGACAUUAGCACUUUGCAUGCGAAUGGUGAGGUCUCCAUCAAAAGCGAGCCCAGAGAUGGGGCCGAUGCUGAGGAGGACGAAGACAUGUUUUUGAACGAGCUCGACGACGAUGGUGUUUGUGAACUUGGGGAAGGUACCAGUAACAAAGAUUUCUCUUUCUUAAACCAAAGCAUUUCUCCUUUAUCGUCCAGUGUGCUAAAAUUUACUGAAAGGGGUACUACUUCCUCUGUGACUGUUGCCAAUGACCUAGAGAAGACAAAGCAAGCUGCUGCCAGCUUGGACUACAGCAAUGACUCUAUGAGUGGAGGCAGCAAAGACGGCUGCGACUCCAAUGGCGGCAGGGAUGGCAGUCCGCCAUCUCUUCCUCUUGACAUGACACGACGAGAUGACGAAAGCCCAGGCCCACUGCACCAGCAUGCUGCCACGCCCAACACCCCUGGCACCCCUGGCCCAGGAGAGUGCUCUCCUGGAUGUGGAAUCGAAUGCCCCAAGUGUGACACUGUCUUAGGUUCUUCUCGUUCACUUGGUGGUCAUAUGACCAUGAUGCACUCACGGAACUCCUGUAAGACGCUCAAAUGCCCCAAAUGCAAUUGGCACUACAAGUACCAGCAGACCCUGGAUGCUCACAUGAAGGAGAAGCACCCAGAGUCUGGAGACUCUUGUGUCUAUUGCUGCACGGGCCAGCCUCACCCUCGACUUGCCCGGGGUGAGAGCUACACGUGCGGCUACAAACCUUUCCGCUGUGAGGUGUGCAAUUACUCCACAACCACCAAAGGCAACCUUAGCAUACACAUGCAGUCAGAUAAGCACCUCAACAAUGUGCAGACGCUGCAGAACGGAGGAACGGAAGCCAUCUACAACCACACUGCUCCUGUGUCGAAUGCCAGUCUGAGCGGGUGUGGGACACCCUCACCCUCCAAGCCCAAACAGAAACCCAUGUGGCGAUGCGAGGUCUGCGACUAUGAGACCAAUGUGGCUCGCAAUUUGCGCAUUCACAUGACAAGUGAGAAACACAUGCACAACAUGAUGCUUCUUCAGCAGAACAUGAAGCAGAUCCAGCACAACUUGCAUCUGGGCUUGGCGCCAGCCGAGGCGGAGCUCUACCAGUACUACCUGGCCCAGAACAUCGGGCUCACCGGUAUGAAACUGGAGAACCCUUCAGACCCACAGAUGAUGAUCAACCCCUUCCAGCUUGACCCUAGCACUGCCGCAGCUCUGGCUCCCGGUCACAGCUUUAUAAAAGCCAUACUCCUUACUGGGGCUCUUUUUUUUAUCAAAUCCCUUUGUAUGGGUGCCCUACAUGACCCACUGCUGAAGCUCUUCCAGUGCGCUGUGUGCAACAAAUUCAGCUCUGACAGCCUGGAGGCCCUCAGCGGGCACGUGGCGGCGGAGCGAUCGCUUCCGGAAGAGGAGUGGAGGGCCGUGAUGGGAGACAUCUACCAGUGCAAGCUGUGCAACUACAACACGCAGCUCAAGGCCAAUUUCCAGCUCCACUGCAAGACCGACAAGCACAUGCAGAAGUAUCAGCUGGUGGCCCACAUCAAGGAAGGUGGCAAAGCCAACCAGUGGCGUCUCAAGUGCAUUGCCAUCGGCAACCCCGUGCACCUGAAGUGUAAUGCCUGCGACUACUACAGCAACAGUGUGGAGAAGCUGAGACUGCAUGCGACCAACCAGAGGCACGAAGCUGCGCUGAAGGUCUACAAGCACUUGCAAAAACAAGAGAGUGCAUGUAACUUGGAGUCCUGCUACUACUACUGCGCGUUGUGUGACUACUCCAGCCGAGCCAAGCUGAACCUGCUGCAGCACCUCCGGUCGGUCAAUCACCAGCAGAGCGAAGGCCUCCGCAAGUUGCAGCUGCACCAGCAGGGCCUUCCUCCUGACGAAGACAACCUUGCUGAUAUUUUCUUCGUCAAGGACUGCCCUCCGAUCGAAUCGGAAGAACCAGGUGAAGACAGUGAGGAAUCCCCACGAGCCUCCUCAUUGGCCGCGGCCGAGGACAAAGACUCGAGCAAGAGGGACGCCAUGGAAGGCAACAUAACAGAGAAGGACUCCAGAAUUAAUACACUGGCUAAGGAAACUCUGGGGACUGCUACAGCAGGGAAGCGGUCACUUCAGCAGGAGAAAGAAAAUGACAAUCCACCCAAGAGGCCCAAAUCAGCUGAAGAGAGGACGCUGUCCAGUGAGCAGGUGCAGCAGUGCCCAUACUGUAAUUACAGUAACAAGGAUGCAAACCGUUUACAGCUGCACAUCAUGUCCCAGCAUUCCAUACAGCCGGUCAUCAGCUGCCCCUUGUGUCAGGAUAUCCUCAGCAACAAGAUUCAUUUACAGCUGCAUCUCACCCACCUCCAUAGUGUGGCUCCAGACUGUGUGGAGAAGUUAAUCAUGACAGUUGCAGGCCCAGAUGUUACAGUGCCCAAUUCCUUGCUGUCUGCAUCAUUACAAGACAAAGUCCCAUCUUUGAUGGAUUCUUCAGCUGUUAUCCCUGAGGGAUCCGGAAAACCCAUGGGAAACAGCUCUAAGGAUUUGAAAAACAGUACAGGCCAAGACAAAAGUGAGGUUGAACUUGCCAAUGAGGAACUCAAACCACCAAAGGAGGCUGCUGAGGCCCCUGACUGGAAGAAAGCGAGUGGUCAAGACAGGAAGAGCCCAGACUCCCUGCAGGAGCAUCUUAGCGAUCUGCAGAAGCGGCAGCAGCUCUCAGUCUCUGAUCGCCACGUCUACAAAUACCGCUGCAACCAUUGCAGCCUGGCUUUCAAGACUAUGCAGAAGCUUGAGAUACAUUCCCAGUACCAUGCCAUCCGUGCAGCCACCAUGUGCAGUCUGUGCCAGCGCAGCUUCAGGACAUUCCUUGCCCUCCGAAAGCAUUUGGAGACUGGUCACCCUGAGCUGAGUGAAGCCGAAGUACAGCAACUCUGUGGAAACCUGCCCCUAAAUGGUGACAUUGCUGAAAGUGAGAUGCGGGCUCUGGAAGAGGCACAAGUCUUUGAGAAUGAGCUAGACAAAGAUGAGGAACUUGACCAAGAAGGGAAGGCCAGUCCGACUGGAAGUGACAGCAGCUCCUUGCUUGAUGACAUGGGCUCAGAACCAAAGCGGACCUUGCCUUUUAGGAAAGGUCCAAAUUUCACCAUGGAAAAGUUUUUAGACCCCUCACGUCCAUACAAAUGCACAGUAUGCAAGGAGUCAUUCACCCAAAAAAGCAUUCUCCUUGUUCACUACAAUUCUGUCUCACAUUUGCAUAAGCUAAAGAAAGUUAUCCAAGAGGCCUCAAGCCCAGUUCACCAGGAGACCAUCAACAAUGUUGACAACAAACCAUACAAAUGCAAUAUAUGUAAUGUUGCUUAUAGCCAAAGCUCAACCCUGGAGAUUCACAUGAGGUCUGUACUUCAUCAGACAAAAGCACGAACCGCCAAAAUGGAGAGUAGUACUAGUUCUGGGGGUGGUAGCAGCAGAAGUACUACAUCUAAAAGCCCUGUUCCACUAAAUCAGGGAAAUGCAGAUUCUGCAAAUGCACCAGUAUCCUCUAACAAAGAAAACACUGUAGAUGCCAAAGAAGUUACCACGAAACAAACUACUGAUCACAUCUCUGUGCAGCCUACCCACCCACCAACCCAGUCAACAGCACAGCUUCAGAUGCAACUGCAGCACGAGCUCCAGCAGCAAGCUGCAUUCUUUCAGCCACAGUUUCUGAACCCAGCUUUUUUCCCACAUUUCCCAAUGACACCAGAGGCCCUACUGCAAUUCCAGCAGCCCCAGUUCCUCUUCCCAUUCUACAUCCCUGGUGCUGAAUUUAACAUCAGCCCUGAGCUUGCAUUGCAUUCAGCUGCAUUUGGGAUGCCUGGUAUGACUGGAUCAUUCCUAGAAGAUCUGAAGCAGCAGAUGCAGCAACAACAUCAGCUGGGCCAACAGCAACAGCUUCAGCUUUCUCAGCAGCAAGCUCGGCAGCAGGCCUCCCAGUCUCAAAUGCAGCAGCAGAAAGCACAGCAGCAGAGUCACAAACCUAAAAUUGAGUCCAACCACAUUGUUCUGUCUGAGAUUCAAAUGUCCAGAGAUGCUGAAGAGCACCUAGAAAAGCAGGAGAGCAAAGCAAAGCAGGAUAUAGCUAAUGAUAUUGACAGUGCAAAAGACACUAAAGAUUCCAGAAACCAGAAAUUUUCAGAACCUCUAAUUCCUCCGCCACGCAUCAUCUCAGGAGCUAGAGGUAAUGCUGCUAAAGCACUGCUAGAGAACUUUGGCUUUGAAUUAGUUAUUCAGUACAAUGAGAAUAGACAGAAAACCCAGAAAAAGAAUAGAGAGGAAGAGUUGACUGACAAACUGGAGUGUGGGCUGUGUGGAAAGUUCUUCUCCAACAUGCUUAUUCUCAAAAGCCAUCAGGAACACGUGCAUGGGCAGUUCUUUCCAUAUGUGGAGCUGGAGAAGUUUGCACAACAGUACAGGGAGGCAUAUGACAAGCUGUAUCCCAUAAACCCAGCAUCUCCAGAAACACCUCCACCACCCCCUCCUCCUCCUCCUGCCCCAGUGACUGCUGUCCCUGCCACUACAUCUGUAGGAAAAUCGCAGACACCAUCUCCUUCACCUCUACAAACUCCUCAGCAAGCGCCACCACCACCUCCUCCACCACCCACUGCACCUCCUCAAGUGCAGCUCCCUGUUUCUCUUGACCUGCCAAUUUUCCCACCACUGAUGAUGCAAUCAGUGCAGCACCCUGGGCUACCCCCACAGCUUGCGCUGCAGCUUCCAACAAUGGACUCUUUAUCUUCUGACCUCACACAGUUAUGUCAACAACAACUGGGACUGGAUCCAAACUUCCUGCGGCAGUCUCAGUUCAAGCGUCCUCGCACCAGAAUCACAGACGAUCAGCUACAAAUCCUCCGUGCUCAUUUUGACAUCAAUAAUUCACCAAACGAAGAACAGAUUCAAGAAAUGGCAGAAAAAUCUGGCCUUCCACAGAAAGUCAUAAAGCACUGGUUCCGCAAUACACUCUUCAAAGAACGUCAAAGAAGCAAAGAUUCCCCUUACAAUUUUAACAUUCCACCCAUGACCACACUGGAAGAUAUCAGACUUGAAUCCCAAGUGAACAUGCUAGAGUACUACAGAACUGAUGCUACGAUGAACAAAAGGUCAUCAAGAACACGUUUCACAGAUUAUCAACUGCGAGUAUUCCAAGAUUUCUUUGAUACCAAUGCUUACCCCAAGGAUGAUGAAAUUGAGCAGCUCUCAACGGUACUCAACCUGCCAACGCGAGUGAUUGUGGUGUGGUUCCAAAAUGCCCGUCAGAAGGCCCGCAAGAGCUAUGAGAACCAAACAGAUACAAAAGACAGCGAAAAGAAAGAACUAACAAAUGAACGAUACAUUAGGACCAACAACAUGCAGUACCAAUGUAAGAAAUGCAGUGUCAUUUUCCCCCGAAUUUUUGACCUCAUUACUCACCAGAAGAAGCAAUGCUACAAAGAUGAGGAUGAUGAAGCUGGAGAUGAAAACCACUCAGAGGAAUUCACAGAGAACAAUGAGCAAAGUUCAGCAAAGCCAACAGAGCCAGCUAAAAACUCUCUUGUGACAGCAAGCAGCUCUGGCUCCAGCUCUCCCUUGAUGCCUUCACCUCGACCUGAUGUAGGGAAAUCCUCACCCAAACCUGAGCUCCUCCAUGAAAAACCAAAAUUGGGAGAGAUUGCCCCUUUACAAACCCUCAAGAACCUAAAUGAGUUAAAAUCUUCCAAGGCUUCAACCCCACAGCCUCCACCACAAAAAUUACCUCAACCACAAAUGUCAAGACCCCAUUCCCAACCCCAGUCUACGACUGUCCCAUCAAGUCCUCUUUCAAUUGCACUGUCCUCUCUUAACAGUAGCCUACCACCUCAAAUGUUACAGUACCACUGCGAUCAGUGCAAAAUCGCUUUCCCAACAGUAGAGCUGUGGCAGGAGCACCAGCACUUGCAUUUUCUGGCUGCCCAAAACCAAUUCCUACACUCACAAUUUUUAGAAAGGCCUCUGGAUAUGCCCUAUAUGAUCUUUGAUCCAAAUAACCCUCUUAUGACCGGUCAACUCCUGUCUGGAGCCCUAUCCCAGAUGCCAACUCCAAGCAACUCUGGCCUUGCUGUGAACUCUAACUCUGUGAAACGUAAAUUAGAUGAAAAAGAGGAUGGAUCUCAUGAAAAAGAUGGUGUUAACAGUGCAGAAGAUCAGCACAGAGAUAAACGACUUAGGACUACCAUUACUCCAGAGCAACUUGAGAUCUUGUAUGAAAAAUAUUUACUUGAUUCAAACCCAACAAGAAAGAUGUUAGAUCAUAUUGCUCGUGAAGUUGGCCUGAAGAAAAGAGUUGUCCAAGUAUGGUUUCAGAACACCCGAGCUAGAGAGAGGAAGGGACAAUUUAGAACAGUUGGGCCCUCUCAAACUCACAAAAAGUGUCUCUUCUGCAGAGCAUUGUUCAAGGCAAAGUCAGCUCUUGAUAGCCACAUUCGCUCAAGACACUGGCAUGAGGCAAAACAGGCAGGCUUUAGUUUGCCCCCAAGUCCAAUGAUGCCUCAAGAUGAAGGAGGACAAAGUCCCAAUAAGUAUAAUUUUGCUGACUACCUACAGAUGCCCACAAAGACUGAGAUGAAUGACAGUGAGCCUCCAACUUCAUCUUCCACUCCAGUUAGAUUUUUUGAGAUGCCACUAAAACAUUUAUUAAGUUUAUCAUCCGUAAAAACAGAACAUAGUGAUGAACUUGAGGGGCUUAACAUAAGUUCUGCAGAUGCCUCUUUUGAUGCCAACAAAAUGGACUUUGAUGAGACCUCCUCAAUUAACACAGCUGUGAGUGAUGCCUCUACUGGAGAUGAGACCAAUAAUGAAGUUGAGAAUCUAACAGUAAAUGGAAGUGAAAAAAUAACUGAGAACAAAAUAAACCAAGCACAAAUCUUUGACUUAAAUGAGGAUAGAAUCCCUUUCAACAUGGUUAGCCCAUCAUUAAGUUUCUCUGGCAAAGACAGUGACUACUUCAAUUCCAGAGAUGAUGAAUUCGAUGAUAAUGCAGACAAGAGUGAGACUUCAAGUUUGGCUGAUCCAAGUUCACCCAGUCCAUUUGGAGGUACCAAUCCCUUCAAGUCUGCAAAAGCUGGUGAAGAGAGACCAGGCCACAGACGUUUUAGAACCCAAAUGAGCAACCUACAGCUUAAAGUCCUAAAGGCUUGCUUCAGUGACUACCGCACACCUACUAUGCAUGAGUGUGAAAUGCUGGGCAAUACGAUAGGACUCCCGAAACGUGUUGUGCAAGUCUGGUUCCAGAAUGCCCGUGCAAAAGAAAAGAAGUUCAAAAUAAACAUUGGAAAGCCAUUCAUGAUAAGCCAGGGCUCCCCAGAUGGGCCAAGGCCUGAGUGUACAUUAUGUGGCGUGAAGUAUACAGCCAGACUUUCGAUUCGCGAUCAUAUCUUUUCGAAGCAGCACAUUGCAAAAGUGCAGGAAACCCUGGGCAACCAGGUUAAUCGAGAAAAAGACUAUCUUGCACCUACCACUGUCCGCCAGCUUAUGGCUCAACAAGAACAUGACCGCUUGAAGAAGGCAACUGACGUACUCAACUUGCCAGCCCAGCAGCAACCUGCAGUGGACAAUAAUGCACUUCAUGGCCUUAGCCUGCCAACUGCCUACCCAGGAAUAUCUGGUCUCCCACCAGUGCUUCUUCCUGGAGUCAAUGGGCCAUCCUCCCUUCCAGGUUUUCCACCAAAUACACCUGCUUUGGCGUCUCCUGGUGCUGGCAUGCUUGGGUUCCCUACUCCAGCCACCCCUUCUCCUGCCAUGUCUCUCAGCAGUACCCCAACCAAGACUCUUCUUCAGACACCUCCUCCUCCUCCUCAACCCACCGCACUUCCUCUUCCUCCCACUCCUUUGGCAGCAAAUCAGACUGAGCAGCACAUAAAAGAAUCAGAGAAAGACAAGAAGUUAGAGAAGCCCAAGGUGAAAGAAAGAGAAGCCGACACUGCCCGUCCCAAGACCCCAAUUGUGAAAAAAAGGGAAAAGCCCUCGCCACCACUUUCAGUGCUAGGAAAAUUGGGAAGUGAGGCAUAUAUGGACCCAGCACAACUGCAAGCACUUCAGAAUGCCAUUGCUGGUGACCCAGGCUCCUUCCUAGGGGGACAGUUCUUGCCUUAUUUCAUCCCUGGCUUUGCAUCUUGCUUCUCACCCCAACUUCCUGGCGGAGUGCAGGGGGGAUACUUCCCUCCUCUGUGUGGAAUGGAAAACCUGUUCCCCUACGGCCCUGCAAUGCCGCAGGCUAUCGCUGGGCUUUCUCCAACUGCCCUGCUGCAGCAGUACCAACAGUACCAGCAGUCCCUCCAGGAUUCCUUACAGAAGCAGCAUCAGCAGCAGAAGCAAAGUGAACCGCAACAGAAAACACCCCCUAUAAAGUCAACGAGUGCACAGAGCAACUCUCACAAACCAAAAGAGGCUAUUGAAACUAAGAAUGAUAAAGGCUCUUCAACAGAAAGCACAAAUGAAGAACCCCAAACGAAUACCAAAAGUUCAGGCUUUCCAGAUGCAUUUAUCGUUCCGUCCAUCAAACACGAGUUUAUAUGCAGAAAGUGCCAGAUGAUUUUUGCUGAUGAAGACUCAGCAGCUCGCCACCAGAAGUCCUUCUGUUACUUUGGUCACCCGUUUAUCGAUCCGCAAGAGACAGUGCUUCGUAAGGCCGUGAGCAAGUACAAUUGCAUAGCCUGCAAUGUGUCCGUCAGCGGGAACGAAGCACUUGGCCAACACCUUCAGUCGAGCUUGCACAAAGAGAAAACAAUCAAACAAGCAAUGAGAAAUGCCAAAGAGCAUGCUAGCUUUGGCUUAUUACCUCACUCAGUCUGCUCCCCCUGUCCUAACACCACAUCUACCUCGCAGUCUGCAGCUUCUUCUAAUAACCCCUUGCCUCAUCUCUCUCACUUGUCCAAGAAGUCCUGGCCAAAUAUUCUUUUCCAGGCCUCAGCCAGGAAAGCUGCUUCCUGCCCAUCUGCUUCCCCUCCUCCCCUUUCCUUGCCUUCAACGGUUACCUCAACUUCGUGCAGCACCUCAGGGGUUCAAACCUCACUACCCACCGAAAGUUGUUCAGAUGAGUCUGACAGUGAGUUAAGCCAGAAGCUGGAUGACUUAGAUAACGCGUUGGAAGUCAAGGCUAAGGCGGCAACCGGCCUAGAUGGCAAUUUCAGUAGUAUCAGAAUGGAUAUGUUCAGUGUGUAGGUUUGAAAAACGGAUCCCUUGCUUAAACGAAAAAAGACUUUUAACUGCAGUUCCAAAGUUUCGCUAACCCAAAAAAUUACAGUACCAAAAGAUUGACUCAGGAUUGUUUUUCCCAUAUUGAUAUGCUGGCAAGAAAAUGAUUG